AUGCACGAUAGGAAGACCUCGCCGGCGUCGUUGCAGUCCAGCGAGUCCGCCGUAGCGCAGGCGGUGAACGUUUCCAAGUACAUCGCCGCAGCCAGCACGCUCCAUCCGCCGCAAGAGCUCCAGAGAGGCGUCAGCAUCGCCAGCACACUUGCGUCUCCUUUCAACAAUCUGUUCGCCAAGCUGCCGGAUCGGCUGGACCGUGAGGAUCGAGAACGUCUCUAUGAGCGGUCGCGCCCUGUCUGUGCCAUCGACUCCUUCAUCUCGCACGCGUGGCGGUCGGAAGGUUGGAGCAAGUGGACGGCUCUCGCUCUGCACGAGGUCGGGCUUGCGCCACUGGUCGUCGGUAUUGUCGCCAGCCUGCUGAUGGCUCACCUGCAACGCUCAAUCGAACUACCCGGAAGCAUCCGAACACGGGUGGUGGCUGAGAACCCGAUCGUUCUCAUCGCAUCCUGUCACGAGUACGUCGCUGGCUUGAUAGCCGCCACCGCGUCAGCGUUUGUUUGGCUGGCGGCGCAGCGACAGCGGUCAUACUUUGUUGACGCGGCUUGCAUCCACCAGACAAACCGAGCUCUGAAGACCCAGGGCAUCCGGCACCUGGCUGGGUUCGUCGCAAUGUCCUCUCAGCUGGUUGUGCUCUGGGACGAGCACUACUUCAGCCGCCUCUGGUGCGUCUACGAACUCGCAAUGUACAGAGCGAUCCAUCCGAACAGGCCAGUGACUUUUCUGCCGCUACGCAGCUACGUCCUCUUUGGUGUGAUGAUGGCGGCAGUCGCGGUGGGAUUUGGCAUGUUUUUGCUGUCUAUGAUGCUUUUCUACCGUGGCGACCUGACAGGAUCGAUGCACGGUCCAACUGGAGAGAGAGUCUUGGUGGGUGAUGAUUACUGGCAAUUCACGGUGCCAAUGUUGGCAGCACUCUCUUUUGUACUCUAUUUCCUCCUCUACGUUUGCGUCACCCUCUUUGGAGCCUCCAUGGCACUUCAGCGGAUAGCUCUACAGCGCUGCCUUGAGUCGUUUGACGUGAGAGUGGCUGGUUGUUACAGUGCAACUGACCGCGACGAGAUCUAUGCCGCAAUCGGUGCCAUCUAUUUGCGAGGUGGGACCGAUGGGUUGGACGCGUUCAAUCACAUGGCAGACCUCCAAAGCUUUGUGCGCCGAACUAGCGUGGCGAUUGCCUCGUCGGCCGCGCGCGACGCCGCUGGGCUCGUCAACGUGCCGGAUCAAGCCCGGCGUGCAUCCGUGUUGACGCUCAUGAGCCUGUGGAGCAUCGCUGGCAUUUGCUUGGCUCGCCGCACAUUUAGGCCGCGAGCUCUCAUCGGAGCAGGGACCGCCGCGUGCAGCGGGGUCGCGCUCACCGCGGAGGCGAGCAGCAAGAACGCAGCGAUGGCCAUCGCGGAGUCCGCGCCCUUGUAA